GACGGACGGAGGGACGGACGGGGCCGGGACCGGGGCCGGGGGAGGGCAGCGGCCGCCCGCCCGCCCCGCCGGGGAGAGAGCGCCGGGAGCGGCGGCGGGGACGGGCGCGCCGAGGCACCAUGCGGGCACCGCUGCUGCUGCCGCUGCUGCUGCUCGGUGUCACCUCUCAGGAUGUUAAAACUACAACUACUGCAAAGCCAGGACAAAAUGAGCAGACCACAACUACAGGCACCAGCAAGACACAAGGGACCACCACCACAAGCACUCCAGGAAAUCCACCACCUGCCCCUGCGACGUCACCUGCUGCAGUUCAAGGGCCCAGCCCUACAAGCAAGCUGGGAAACGCACUGCCUGCCCCUGUGAUAUCACUCACCACUGGUCAAGGGACCACCAUUGCAAGCAGCCCAGGAAACCCACCAUCCAUCCCUGCGACAUCAACCACUGCAGUUCAAGGGGCCACUACCACAAAAAACCUGGGAAACCCACCACUUGCCCCCACGACAUCGCCCCACCAGUCUCAGCGGGUCAGCUCUUCAAUCAGCUCUGGAGCCUCAACAGCCACCCCUGCUGCAACCUCCAGUGCAGCCCAGCAGAAGACCAGUGCUCCAGCCAGCUCGGGAAGUUCAGCAAUAACCACUGCUGCAAGUCGCGUCCCCACUCAUGCAAGCAGCCCUACAGCCACCACACGAGGUUUAGGGACUGCUGUCGCAUCCUCUCCCAGCGUGGCAGCUCAGGGAAGUCAGCCUUUGGACCAACUGACCAGCACUGCUGCGAGCACUGGAGUCUCAACAGGCAGCCUUGCCCCUGGGCUCAAGGACAAUGGCAUGUCUUCUCCCACAUCUGUCACCAAGCAGCCUCACUCUUCUCCCAGUUCUCCAGGCCAGGAACGGACCUCUUUCACCAGACCUGGAAGCAUCGACACUUCUGUUACUCCUUUUGAUGGAUCCAUCUCCCCCACCACUAGUAAAGCAUCUGUGUCUUUACCACCUAGCAGCAGCCACCAGGUCUCAGAGGCAACCACACCGACUCUCGGAGCAGACCAGAGAAGCCAAGAGGUCGCAUCUGCGUCAACCAAACCUACAAGUGCUGACCAGAGCCCUGCCAGCGCACGGCCAUCAGCCCCAGCCCCGGGGGACCAGACAGCGAGCAUCAGUACUGGCCCCCAGCACCCGAACGCUUCUUUCCAAAAUGAGGUCAUCUGUAAAGAACAGGUGCAAAAUAACCAGCCCAUGAUGUAUCUGAAAGAAGCUAAAACCUGUGCCGAGUGGAGGAUCGCCAGCGUCAACAUCUCCUUCUUCGAGAGCUUCUGCUCGACGGGCCAGCACGCUUUCAAUGCCAGCAGGGAAACGUGCACGGUGACGCUGAGCUCCCCUGAGCCCCGCUCCCAGCGCUGGGCUGUGCAGGCGGUGGUGCACCUCCCUCUAGACCCUGAAAAAGUCCUUGAGGAGCUGAAGGAGAAGGACAAGUUAGAGGAGCUCGGCAUCACCAACAUCACCUAUGACAAAAUGGAGAGGGAGAUGAUAAUCAACGAUGAGUUCAGCACACCCCUGAUCAUCACCAUCGUCACCCUGGCCGGCUCCCUGCUGCUGAUCGCAGCCAUCUAUGGCUGCUGCCACCAGCGCUUCUCCCAAAAGAAGGACCAGCACAUCCACCCUGAUCUCCCCGGGUUUGAUGAUGGACAUGUGGCCCUGAUCUUUAAUCAGCGCCUGACCGAGGAGCUGCAGACGAUGGAGAACGGCUACCACGAUAACCCUACGCUGGAAGUGAUGGAGACCUCCUCCGAAAUGCAGGAGAAGAAGGUGAACCUCAAUGGGGAGCUGGGGGACAGCUGGAUCGUUCCUCUCGACACCCUCAUGAAGGAGGACCUGGAGGAAGAGGAGGACACGCAUUUAUAGGAUACAGAACUCGAUCAAGCAAAAAACCACCACACCACACCCAAAAAAACCCAAUCCCAUAAUCCCUACACACACACACGCACACAACUCCAAAACAAGGCAAAACUCCCAAACAAACCCCAGAAAAUCCCUUAAUGAACUAAUCAUGGCCCCUCGUGCCAUCAUGUGGGGUGCAGGACGGAACAAGAAGGGACAUGAGAGGACACCUCCAGGGCGCGGUGUCAACACAAGCCACCAUGGUGGCCUCAUCUGGAUGAGCAUCAUCUAUCACCCGCAGGCGCUCAGCAGGACCUAUCAUGCCAGACCUGACCAGCCGUGGGCAAAGAGGGUGGCUUUGCUCCCAAAGAGCUGCUGGUGUCUCCUCCGAGCGUGUCCCCUCCCGUCCCACGUCUGACCACUCCAACCACAGCCUCCUGCUAUCGAGCAACUCAACAAAUAAGAAGAAAGAAACGUAAAUAGGAUGGGAGAGGAAGCACAGCUCCCAACAGCAAACCGGCACCUGGCAAUUAGAGCUAGGAAAAUCCUCUGGCCCACGCAGUUUAGUCAUCGCUCUGCCCUCCCCGACACAAAACGCCCAGGUAUCGAGCGGAAAAAGCUGGAACAGCCUGUUCCUUUUUAAUCCAGUUUCCAUCCUCUCCCCAUAAACUGCUGGCUAAAAACGCACAAGAGCCCCACGUUGUGCCACGGGCAAACGAACGCAUCCAGACCCGGCUGGACGAGCCAAGUGAUGCGCAGUCCCACGCCACCGCCAGCUGCACCGCGAAGGGCUGCGGGACGGAUCCUACACCCGGUGGGAAACCAGGAGAGGCACAGCAGCUUCUUGUAUUGAUGCAAAGGGGAGGGAGAAGAGGAAAAAAAAAAAAAAAAAACACAAAAAACAAAAAGGAGUAAUUCCUUGAGAUCAUCCCUCCUAGGAAGGGCGUAAUGAGACCAAGAGCGAUGCCUGGUCACCAGCCCAGGCACGAGGUUGGGGGUUUCGUGGUGCAGGAGCCCAGCUCCAGCGCAGACCAGCUCUGCCGAUGCAUUGAUUGCCUUCCAGUAAUUACGCAGCAGCAUCUUGCGGCCCGCAUCCAUCCUUCCCCGAGACCGUGGGUUACGUGCAGCGUGAUGGUUUGUGAUUUUUGUGGUCAUGUUUUCCUGCAUGAGGAGCAGAAGAGAUAAAAGAGCAACAGAAGCACGAGCCAGGCAGCUUGGUGGUAUUCAGAGUUUUCCAUUGGUACAGCCCUUGGUGUUUCCUCCCCACGAGGUUUAUAAGCUCAGUCCACAUCCUCAAGCUUUUCUUCAAAAGCAGGUAAAGUAACAGAGACCUGCAAAGAAAAUUCCGGCUCAGCAGCAAAGCUGGGACUGACCUUCACCCCGCAACCCUUGGUUUCUUGUCCAGGUCUCCCUUUGCUGCAAGUCUUUAGAGGCGCGGAAAAAAAACCAAACAUGCAGGAGCAGAAACAGGCUGGGCUGAGGCCCUUUUGGAUUCUCUACUCCCCAUCACAGCUCCUAAAUGGCUCUAAAAGGAUUUGGAGAGUUUCACACCUUUGGCCAGGCUUCGGUGAAGCAGCUCAGCCCCGGUGGAGCCACAGAUCAGAGCUGAGCUCCAUCCUCCAGCACAAAGGGAAGAGGACCAGAAGGUCACCUGGGGAAGUGCAUCUCCCAGCACAUGAGGAUGGUGGUGGUGGUCCCAAGCCCUCUGCAAACCAGAGGAGCUGCAGAUGAAGAGCAAUCCCCCAACACAGCCCUUCCUCUCCCCUGUAUUCACCAACGCACGAUGGGGUGAUUUCCUUCAGGCUCUGCCACCAGGUCAAACACGAUGGGGAUCUGCUCCCAUGGCCAUCCUGAACGAAGGGAAAAGCAGAGCCAAGCAAUGGAAAGCUUGGAGAAAGCCAGGUCGAGCCAGUCGUCGGGAGAGGGUCCAUGGAAGAGGGGGUUGGGGUGGGUUGCUCAGCCUCAGGACAGAAGCCGGCAGAAGAGCCGGCAGAAGAUGUGUCUUCUCAAAGGGACUGGCUCUUCUCCCUUCUCUCCUGCAUCAAAAGGCAGAGUUUGAAGUGUUCAGACCUAUAUAUUUUUGUAUGUAAAUAUUCCUGCUAUUCAUUAGCGAUGUAUUCAGCACACUUCAGUUACCUGUGCACUGCACUACGGGGAAGAAGUUUUGGGGGGGGAGCGGGGGUGGGGGCGGGGUGGUUAAAAAAAGAAAAGGAAAAACAAAAGAAAGAAAAAGCUGAAGGCCAGUCUGGUAGGGGAUCAAAAUUCAACGCCAAGCAGGAAAACACCUCUCACCUGGAUAACCCCGCUCCAUGGCUUUGUCCCCCAGCUCCAGCAGCAUCGAGUUCAGCUCUUUAACGUUUCAGCAAGGCUCGAAAAACCGGUCCGGGUGUUUGCAAUUGCUUGCGUGAGCACGUUUGCUUCCCAGUCGCCCCGAGAGAUGAGUGGCAGGUUGGUAACCUCGAGUUUCUGCCCUUCGCUGAAAAUAAACGUGUCAAAAACGCGGGGCAGCAGCAAAGCUUCGGCCGCGGGAGCUGGCGUUGCCCUAAGGGUGCCCCCGGCAGAGCAUCUCCAGGCAGUCGGGUUUGGCACGUGCCUCAGAUCCCCCUUCCCAGCAAAGAGACGCCAAAGUGCUUUAAUGAAUCAGGUCCAAAGACUUUCCAAGAGAACCCUACGAAGGCUUGAGAUCAAGCAACCUUAAAUCUUUCCGAGCAGAGACCAGUGAUGAUAUUAACUGCUCAGCAAGUGCUUAUAGUGAUUUAUAUUUGAAUAGGAAUUGUACAUUUAUUUAUUUUUCCAGACACCAUAUUUUUAAACCACUAAUAUUUUAUAGUAGAUUUUCCUUCCCCUAUUUAAAGAACUAUUUCCAUGGGAAAAAAAAUAAAAAAAGCAGUACGUUUUUUAUGUUGAGAACAUUCUUUUUGCAAAAAAAAAAAAAAAAAUACCAGGUAGGAAAUGCAGCGAUGAGCAUCUUUGGCCUUAAUCCUUCCCUUCGUAGACUGUAGCCAUAAUUGUUAGACCAAGAAGAAAUUUAAAAAGAAAUUAAAAAAAAAAAAAUAAACCUACCCAGGCAUUUCCUCCCUCCCUGCCCCUCCUCCCUUCCCCGCACUCCUCUUCUCUCCCCCAAAAACAGCUUUAACAUCCGACACGUUGUACAAAGAGAUUAUUGCUCUUACCUUUUUGGUGAGAGUUUUACAAGCAGCUCAAGAUGUCCUUGCAAGAGACUUUUCUAUUUUCAGAGUCACAGGGAACGUGUAAAUAUUUCAGGACCAUUUAUCUCCCGCUCACGGUGCCACGACCCAGCUGAGGUGACUGUUGCCUACAGAAGACAUGGAGGAGAAGACAUAAUCCAUAAGGACUUGCAGAAGGAGAACCUAUUUCCUAAGGUGGCUUCCCGUUGAACCUUGCACAUAUACUAGAGCUCUUACGUACUGUAUAGCAGCAUCUCUCACGGGGACAGGAGUCUGAUUUACACUGGAAUUUACUGAGGAACUGGAUUGUAGAGAUUAUUCUUGCAUUUUCCUACAAAUAUAUUUUGAAAGCAUCAUGUAUUUCUGUCAAUAAACAUUCUUAUGUAAA